CCCCUGCAGCGAGCGCCCCGCUCCAAGGGCGCAGUAGGGAAGUCCAGGACGAGCCCUAACAGAUCCUCCCAGAGACGAACCCGCUCCAUGGGGGGGACUGAGAGCUUGGAGGCCCACCAGGAGGAGAGAGCGCUGGAGCUCAGCCUGGAGGAGGAACUAUUGGAGGUGCGUGGUGAUCCGAGGCAGAGGCAUGCUCCGCGUCCCAAACAGGCCAAACCUCACAACAUAAGACCUGUGGAGGACAUCACUGAGGAUGUGCUACUGCUGGUGGCAGACCACACGACAGAGAAGGUGUACAACAGAGCCACAGGCUCAACGUGUCACCAGUGUCGCCAAAAGACUACCGACAGCAAAACGUGUUGCCGUAAUGAGGAGUGUCGUGGUAUAGUGGGACAGUUCUGUGGCCCGUGUCUGAGGAACCGAUAUGGAGAGGAUGUCAGGAAAGCACUGCUCGACCCGGACUGGCGGUGUCCACCGUGUCGAGGCAUAUGUAACUGCAGUUUCUGCCGUGCCAGAGACGGACGCUGCCCAACUGGAAUCCUGCUCCCUCUGGCUCAGUUCCAAGGCUUCUCUGAUGUCCACUCUUACCUCAGCAGUCUUCACAGUAAACUGAGAUGAGGACUGAGGAUCUGAAUGGGAGCCUCAAAGUCCUUCUGACCACCAGGGGUAGCAGUUGCAAAUCACUGGUCCGGGAAUACAGAAGUUUGGCACCUAUCCAGAUGAGGUUUAUGUUCUAUAGCUCUAACAUGGUUUCUACUGCUGUUUUUGAUAUGAAUGUUGAUGAUUUUAAUCAGAUUUUUUUUCAAAUAAAUGAUUUGACGGUG